AUGUCUACCGAAAAAGACUGGAAUCAAGACCAAAUUUUGAAACUUAUUGAUUUAGUACAGCAAAGUGAUAAUAUUUGGAAUCCACAAAACAUACUAUACAGAAAUCGAAUCCGAAGGACAGAUUCAAUCAAUGAAAUCGCCAACAUCUUGGGUGUUUCACAGCAAGAAGUUGACAAAAAAUGGAAAACUUUACAGUCCCAAUUUCGUAGGGAACAACAUAAAGUAAAAAAUAAAAAAUCUGGCGCUGGAACCGAUGAUAAUUACACAAGUGCGUGGUAUUUGUACAAGCCAUUAAGUUUUUUGUCAGAUAGAAAUAAACCAAAAAAUACUAGAGACACUUAUGAUGCACAGGUAAUAACAACAUUAUUUGAAUAA